GAUGCCGCCCCCCACCACGAUGCCGCCCCGGGCAACUGCCCGUGUCGCCCGUAUCAAAAAGCGCUACUGGUUACGACACAUGCUGUGUACUCGGUCUCAUGCAUUUAGAUCAGGCAAUGAGACAGAGUACAAAGCUGCGAAGUAUGGACGGAGGAAAGCCAUUAGAGCGGCUAAGAGGCAGUACAGAGAGAAGCUGGAUGGCUUCUGCUCACCGUUGCGUCCUCAGUCCCAUCCUCUACACCCUGUACACCCACGACUGUGUCGCCUCCAAUGGGGAUAACACCAUACUGAAGUUCGCGGAUGACACUGCAGUGGUUGGUCGCAUCACUGGAGGGGACGAAGCGGCUUAUAGGAGAGAGGUGGCCGGUGUGGUGUCAUGGUGUGAGGACAACAACCUCACCCUCAACACUGACAAGACAAAGGAGAUGAUAGUAGACACGAGGAAGGAGAGGAGGCCUCACCAGCUGCUGUUUAUCUGGGAGAGUGAAGUAGAGAGGGUGAGCAGCUUUAGAUACCAAGGUGUCUACAUCACUGAGGACCUAACCUGGACAUUGAACACCACACAGCUGGUCAAGAAGUGUCAGCAGCGGCUGUAUUUCCUGAGGAAAUUUGUGAUGUGCAAAGCGAGUCUUCUUGAAACACUGAGACCCAUCGCCACAGUGACGCCUGCUGGCCGAUUUGGCUAUCAACACAUGUUUUGGAGAAAGCCAAACAGCUACAGAAAUAAGCUGUGACUGUAAUGAUCAGUGUCCUUCAGCAUUAUUCUCCCUUUGUCAAGACUCGUGUUGCUCACAAUGAACCAAUUUAUAAAGUCAAACAUACAUAGACAAGACUGCAGUGUUUGCUGCAAUAACUGGACAGAUUUACAGUCGAUUUCGAGCUCAGCCGGCUUCGUAUUUUUUGGCUCACGGCUUUCAAACUUUCCAUGUGUUUAGCUGUCAAGGAAAGCUAGAAGCUGGUUCACCUCUGCCUUUUGUUUUUAAUUAAUUUAAAAAUAUUCAUUUAAACGAAAUAACACUAAAUGUGUUUUCCUUCUUUAUAAAACACAUUUAGUCACAUUUUCAUCAGCUAAUUCUGACCAAUCAUAACAGUCCAUUUCAGACCCAUCGACCAGUAAAGUUUUAAAUGAUCCUCUGCUGAGCAACCCUGACAUAACUUCAUGAUCACUGAUCUCUCUGAUUCUUACUGCUAUGGGAAGAAGUGCUUUCAUUUUCCUAUUACUGAUACUAACAGAACUGCCCCUAAAACCAUCAGUUCACCCAGUUAACAAUGCAAAUAAUAUGCUGGCAGACAAAGAGGCAUUUAAGGUGAAUGCUUCUUUGUAGUAAAUUUUUCAAUCUUGCUAUUCAGCUCUGCACAGCUUAAACCUGCAGAUUCCAGUGCACAGUGCACCUGAUCACAUCUUAAUCAGUGUACAAACUGCAUUAGUGAGUUUGUUAUAUAUUUGUGAAAGACUUUCUUAAAGUAUAAUUUUGUAAUCUUUUUUAAUGAGUUUCUGCAUUUGCUGCUCAGUGACAGACUGUGAAACCACAUUCAUGUUGUGCAUUUGCGUUUGCAUACAUAAGCAUUUAUUCUCAAACAACACAAAGACAAGCAUACGUGAAAAAUACACAAAUCAGUACCAUACAGUGAAUGACUGCCAUGACUUCUCAUUAGUAGUGAUUGUGAACUUAAUUAGAAAAUAUUACUUAAGCAGUACGUCUUCCCUUACAACAGCCAGGUGUUUUUGCGUACUGCUGUUGUGAUAAUGCAGCAUGCACGGUUUGGACAGAUUAUGGAAAUGAACUGGAAACUGGAACCAAGCAGAACAAGUAGAGAUACAGUGAAGGCAAACAUGUCAGUAA